CAGCAGCAGGCUCAGCGGUGCUGAACAAAGGAGGUCGGGCACAGCCACCCUAGCUCCCGGGGCCACCGGGCCGCCCUCCGCCACAAUGACCGCUAACGGCACAACCGAGGCGGUGCAGAUCCAAUUCGGGCUCAUCAGCUGCGGCAACAAGUACCUGACAGCCGAGGCGUUCGGCUUCAAGGUGAACGCGUCGGCCAGCAGCCUGAAGAAGAAGCAGAUCUGGACGCUGGAGCAACCUCCCGAUGAGGCGGGCAGCGCGGCCGUGUGUCUGCGCAGUCACCUGGGUCGCUACCUGGCCGCCGACAAGGACGGCAACGUGAGCUGCGAGCGCGAAGUGCCCGACGCCGACUGCCGUUUCCUCGUCGUGGCUCACGACGACGGCCGCUGGUCGCUGCAGUCCGAAGCGCACCGGCGCUACUUCGGCGGCACCGAGGACCGCCUGUCGUGCUUCGCGCAGAGCGUGUCGCCGGCCGAGAAGUGGAGCGUGCACAUCGCCAUGCACCCGCAGGUCAACAUCUACAGCGUCACCCGCAAGCGCUACGCGCACCUCAGCGCGCGACCGGCCGACGAGAUCGCGGUGGACCGCGACGUGCCUUGGGGCGUCGACUCGCUCAUCACCUUGGCCUUCCAGGACCAGCGCUACAGCGUGCAGACGUCCGACCACCGCUUCCUGCGCCACGACGGGCGCCUGGUGGCGCGGCCCGAGCCCGCCACGGGCUACACGCUCGAGUUCCGCUCCGGCAAGGUGGCCUUUCGCGACUGCGAAGGUCGUUAUCUGGCUCCGUCCGGGCCCAGCGGCACCCUCAAGGCUGGCAAGGCCACCAAGGUGGGCAAAGAUGAGCUCUUUGCCCUGGAGCAGAGCUGCGCUCAGGUGGUGCUGCAGGCGGCCAACGAGAGGAACGUGUCCACGCGCCAGGGAAUGGACCUGUCGGCCAAUCAGGACGAAGAGACGGAUCAGGAGACCUUCCAGCUGGAGAUCGACCGGGACACGAGGAAGUGUGCCUUCCGCACUCACACGGGCAAGUACUGGACGCUGACGACGACCGGGGGUGUGCAGUCCACGGCAUCCACCAAGAACGCCAGCUGCUACUUUGACAUUGAAUGGUGUGACCGUCGUAUCACUCUAAGAGCGUCCAACGGCAAGUUUGUGACCGCCAAGAAAAACGGUCAGCUGGCCGCCUCUGUGGAGACAGCAGGGGAGUCGGAACUCUUCCUCAUGAAGCUGAUUAAUCGCCCCAUCAUCGUGUUCCGUGGGGAGCAUGGGUUCAUCGGCUGCCGCAAGGUCACGGGCACGCUGGACGCCAACCGCUCCAGCUACGACGUCUUCCAACUGGAAUUCAAUGAUGGCGCCUACAACAUCAAAGAUUCCACAGGCAAGUACUGGACGGUGGGUAGUGACUCGUCGGUCACCAGCAGCAGUGACACCCCUGUGGAUUUCUUCCUUGAGUUCUGUGACUACAAUAGGGUGGCCAUCAAGGUGGGCGGCCGCUACCUGAAGGGGGACCACGCUGGGGUCCUGAAGGCCUGCGCGGAGACGAUCGACCCCGCCUCGCUCUGGGAGUACUAAGGCCACCUGCCCUCUGUGGGCCACUCAUCCAGUCCCUCCUGCUAUCUUUACUUACCGGGUGGCCCUGCAGCAGGUGGCAAAGCCCCUUGCCUUUCAAACUGGAAACCCAAGAGAAAAUGGUGCCCUCGCCUGUUGCCCUCUGUGGACCUCCCCUUUCCCCUAACUCUCUGCUCCCCGUGGGUAGGUGGCUGCAGACUGUCCCUGGGAGGGACUUUGGGUCCCUCUGCACUCUUCUCUGCCUUGGGGCACUCUGGCACCUUCUGACCUCAGACAACUCUGAGCCUUAUUCCUCC